ACUGGCACUGCGCCUUUAAAUAAUCUGAAACUACUGGGAUUGUGAUCUGUGUAGGAAGCCUUGGCAAACCCAAAAACGUCAACAAAUAAAACAAACAAACACCUGUCAUAGGUGAAUACAGGUGAUUUAUAAAAGAGAAUGACUGAGUCUAAAUAAAUGUGCAUCUUGAUUCGCUUUUGACUUCCGGUGCAUUUGGGCGCUCACAAACUGAGAGCUGAAGCAAAAUAUUGUGAUCAUAUAUUAAUAUCAAGGUGUUUAUGAUGAUCAGAAGAGUUUCUAAGGUCAUUUUGAGUGUCGAACAGGCUGAAGGCGUCGGGGCUCGAGUUCGCAGGAGUAUUGGACGGAGAGAGUUGGAGAAUCUCGACCCUUUCUUGAUGCUGGAUGAAUUCUGUAUCGCCAAACCAGCGGGUUUUCCUGAUCAUCCUCAUCGUGGAUUUGAGACGGUAACGUACUUGUUGAGUGGAGUAACAGCCCAUGAAGACUUUUGUGGUCACAGUGGGAAGUUGGAACCUGGGGACCUUCAGUGGAUGACGGCAGGUCGUGGGGUGAUUCAUGCUGAGAUGCCUGUGUCAGACGGACGCAUUCAUGGCCUACAGCUUUGGGUGAACCUGAAAAGCGCAGAUAAGAUGGUGGAGCCUCAGUACCAGGAGCUGAAGAGCAAAGAGAUUCCCAAACCCAGCAAAGAUGGAGUCACUGUCAAUGUCAUCUCAGGGGAAGCUCUUGGAGUGAAGUCGAAGGUUUACACAAGAACUCCCACCAUGUACCUCGACUUUAUGCUGAAGGAAGGUGCAAAGCAUGUGCAGCCUGUUCCUAAAGGUUGGACAGCUUUUAUCUACACCCUCGCAGGUUCUUUAUGCACCGGUCCGGACGAUGAUCUGCGGAAGAUUGAGCCACACCACACGGUGGUUUUGGAAGAUGGUGAAUGCGUCAGAGUAGAAAACAAGGCAGCUGAGGAGUCUCACUUUGUGUUAAUUGCUGGUGAACCCAUUAAUGAGCCUGUGGUUAAGCAUGGGCCCUUUGUCAUGAACACACAAGAAGAGAUUGAUCAGACCAUCUCAGACUUCAGAUCAGCCACUAAUGGAUUUGAGAGGGCAAAAGUUUGGCGAUCAAAGAUUGGUCAAAAGUUCUAAAGUUUUUAUAAAUAUCCCUCUCUAUAGGAAUUUAUCAGUAUGUGCUUUAUGUUUUUUGUGCCUUUAAAAAAAUAUUUGGAUAUCUAAAUCAUACUUUUGAAACCCAAAGUGGCAUUUAUUUUAAAGCAAGAUAGAAAAAUAGUAUGCUCACUUUUCAAGCGAAACAUCCAACAAAAAAGAGGUUUCACACUUUAUGGUUGCUAAACUAAGGCUGCGUUCACACUGUCAGUCCAAAUCCGAUUAUUGGUGUAUUCGACUGGAAUCUGAUCUAAAAAUUUUGACGUCCACAUUGUAUUACAACUGUUCAGAUCUGAUUUGUUUGUCCAUGCCGCUCUUUUGUUUUAGAAUAUCUGCAUUGGUUUCGAUGGCAAUGAUGUUGCGUUGGUAGGCAUACGCCAAAAACAACUACAACAACCGCAACAUGGAGGGGUUUGCAAUACAGAUGUUGUCUUAUUUACAACAUGACAGUGUAGCCACCGCACUGGACUAGGCUACUGUGUCUCCUGAGGCAGCGGCAGAAACAGGAGGAUGUAUGCAUGGCUUUAUUCCGUGCUGUUGUUUCUACUGUUGUGGUCGUCUUUGCCGGUUUCAAAACAUGCCUCUUUCAAAACAAGUUUCUGCAGUGACUUUCACCAAGUUUCCUAUAACAACAUGGCGUGAGAAAGUCACAUAGCCUAAACCAUGUGAAAUCUGAUGAGAGCAGUCAGACUGAAACAGAUUUCCAGAAAUGUGAUUUGAAUAGGAUUCUACAAUCCUCGAAAACAGAUUUGUAAAAAUCGCAUUUCAUUUGAUUUUUUUUUUUUUGGUCAUUCACCAGUGCUCGAAGUGGGCCAGUACGCGCCGAUACCGAUGUUGUGCCGAAUUCUGACCCCCGCCAAAUUAUUACCCCCCCCCCUCCUCCCCAAUAUUGGUAAGUUUAGAAUUAGGUGUGGGGGAGGGGUUAGGCAAUCAGGUAGCGACUUCGACAAGGGGGUAAUAAUUUGGCAGGGAGACGAAAUUCAGCACAACACCUGCACUUCUCUGUUUUUACCUUUAGCAUAUCGCCAGUUUUCCUUGCAUACCGGCACUUCCGACAUGUUGCACGUAUGGAAGCCCAUCACACCUUCCCUUCUCCAGGAACGCGUUUUUGAACCGAGCAUCAGGAGUACCGGCACUUUUAUUUUUCCACUUCAAGCACUUCCGUUCACACUUGCUAAAUUUGAUCGUAUUUCAAUCGGAUAUGCACAAAAAUCUGAUUUAGACCUACAGUCUGAAUGUAGCCAUAAUGUGUGAACUUGAGGGGAACUGAAUUCAAACAUCCACUAAAAACCACCUUGAAAUCAGUUGGAAAAAGUAAUUGCAAAAACAGUUUAGAGAAGUAAAGUUGGUUCUAAAGAAAAAAAAAAAAAGCUACAGAUGCCACUUGGUAUGAUAAUUCUAUAUAAUAGAAUGACAUAUAUUUUUAAGUGUGGCUUAAGGGUGCAAAUACUUUUUGGGGCCACUAUAUAUGCAACAUGUUACUCAAAUCAUUUCUGAUGUAAUUCUGAUUGUAACAAAGUAAUUUUACUCUGAUGUAUCACUAACACAAAGUAUUUCUUAUAAUUAAAAAAUUGUUUGACUAUAUCUGUUUUUAUUUUCUAUCUGGCUCUAGUUCACAUUGUAUCUGAUCACAACAUGUUUUCCUUUAUCUAAUAUCUGUGGCAAGUUUUCUUUAUGCUAACCCUGAGGAUUUCCUUAUAUGUCACCACACAGUUCAUUCACAUUUGAUAAAAAUUGACGAUGUCCAGAAUCUACAAAACAAUCAUGUAAUAGAUUUCCUUUGACCCACUGAUAAUAGAUUCCUCUGAAGCUUUUAAAGUAAAAGCAUUCAGAUGAUCGGAUAGAGCACAUAGAGAGAGAGUGGGUGCAGAGAACGGCACUCACAACCCAUUACGCUGCAUUAAAGCUCCUUCUAAUUCCCGACUCGUAUUACAAGCUCAUUGUUGGACCUGCUUGAGAGUGACGUGCACACUCACAGAGAACGAGAGAAAGGGCAUGUCGGCUUAGCUCCCCUCCUAUUUCAUCCCGCCACUUUGCUGCAUUUAAGUGGGAUAUUGGCUGGAUUCAGCCUGUCUUCUCCUCGCACUCUCUCUCUUCUCCCUUCAUCCCUCCGUUCCCCCUUCCCUCCUCCUCCUCCUCCUCCUCCUCCUCUUCCCCCUCCUUCACUCCUUGCCCUCUGUAGAGGUCUGGAUCACAUUUAAAACCACAUGUUCCUGUGUGUGAGCAACUGAGCCUGGAAGUCUGCAAGCAGGAAACGUGGUGACAGUGGAGUGAGACUGGAGCGCACAGCGACGGAACAGACAUGCACGCCUUCCAGACGGCCUUGCACGCACUGGCGGCUGGAAAAUACUGGAUGUGAGCAAACACAUAUAUGGUGUGACACAUCUGGGUCUGUGGAGACACUGGGCCAAAUUUGGCCGGUCCAAGACGGAUGACAACACCAAGGGGUCGUCCUGCUCAGAAAGAAUCAUACAAAACAGAAGAAAAAGACUGAGAAAUUCUUCCUCGGCCAAGUACAAGCUGUUGUCCUAGACCAGCACUGAUUGAUGUUUCUAUCUCCUCCUCCUCUUUUUUUUUUUUUAAAGAGGAGAUCCCAUUUGGCUCCGGAAAGCUUGUUGUCACAGGUCUCUCUUGGUGCUCCUGUGUGGUCCUGUGAGAGAAACUUGCUUCGUGAUUUGUGAGCGUGCGUGAGUGUAUACGCAGACUGGCCUCCCUCGCUGCUUAAUCGCUGGACGGUACCCUGGAGAGUAAGUAGCAGGAUGAAGACACAGAAAUGUACUGGACUUCACAUGUUGCUACUCCUGUAUGUCAGAUUGAUGCUGGCAGUGGACGCCUACAGACCACAGAGAG